AAGUGAGCUAUUCCAGUGGUGCAGCACUUGAUUGUUCCACUCCAGCAUCAAGAUGCUCUCACUGAGGCUCACGCUACUCACCUUACUUAUUGCAGCCUCUGGUUGGCUUGUUUCCGGAGAGAAUAUGAUUACCUGCUACGGUAAUGUCCAGCAUCUUGCUUGUGACACUGGCCUGAUAAAGGUGAGGUCUACUACAUAUGGACGUACGAACCGUGACACCUGUAAUGCUCGGCCCGCUUCUGAGAUUGCGAAUACCAACUGUGCCUUGAAGAUUUCUACUAUUGCUGAUAGGUGCAAUGGACUAAGAGAGUGUGAGGUAAAGACGGACUUACUUGGCAACCCUGACCCAUGUUUUGGAACUUACAAAUACUACAACACCACGUAUGACUGCAUCAGUGGCCAGAACAUUGUGAUCUGUGAGCAAGGCUACAGCACGCUGAACUGUGGAGAUGGUUAUAUUCAGAUCAUAAAUGCAAACUAUGGCCGGGCUAAUGCAGUAACCUGCGUGAAUGGACUUCCCAGCAGUGUGCUCCAGAACACCAAUUGUUACGCUCCAAGCACAUUCUCAAAAGUGGCCUCAAUGUGUAAUGGAAAGACGACAUGCACUGUAGACGCUUCAUACACCAUCUUUACAGAUCCUUGUGUUGGGACUGCAAAAUAUCUUUCUGUGUCCUACAUUUGCCAUAGGAGCAUUGUGACCUGUGAAGGCAAUACUGCUAUACUGACAUGUGGUGAUCGCCGUAUAAAUGCGGUCAGUGCUAACUACGGCCGAACCGAUUCCACCACGUGUUCUUCUGGACGACCUGCCAAUCAAAUCUCCAACACAAACUGCUACACACCUGAUGCUCUAAACAAAGUUGCAGCUAGAUGUAAUGGACAGAGCAGCUGUAGCGUCCCUGCUACAAAUGAUUUAUUCUCUGAUCCCUGUUAUGGCACCUAUAAGUACCUGACCGUUGUGUACUACUGUUCCUAACUAAUCACUUGAAGGAACCCAGCUUUCUCCCCAGUGGCCUCUCUUCAGUCUGAAGCGGUUUGAGACUGAAUUCUUAAUAUGCAACUAUGCAGCUGAUACAGUGCAGGAUUUGUGGUGUUGCUGUACUUAAUAUUUGCAUGUUAUAUAGUCAACUGCUGUAAUGAUUUUAAUUUCUGAAGCUUUAUUUCUGAAACAUAUCUGCUAUUUACAAAUGAUUAUGCAAUAAAGUAUCCUC